AUGGCGGAUCAGCUAGCAGACAAGCUGAAAUCCACCCAACUCAGUGACGGCGCCCCCGCCUCGACCGACGACUGGAAGAAGACGCUCAACCUCCCGGCCAAGGACAACCGACAACAAACAGAGGAUGUCACAAACACAAAGGGCCUGGAGUUUGAGAACUUUGCCCUGAAGCGCGACCUGCUCAUGGGCAUCUUCGAGGCCGGAUUCGAGAAGCCUUCACCCAUUCAAGAAGAGGCCAUCCCCGUCGCAUUGACCGGCCGAGACAUUCUCGCCCGAGCGAAGAACGGCACCGGCAAGACGGCUGCCUUUGUCAUCCCCACCUUGGAACGCAUCAAUCCCAAGGUGUCCAAGAUCCAAUGUCUCAUCCUUGUCCCCACACGUGAGCUUGCCAUGCAGACCUCGCAAGUCUGCAAGACCCUCGGCAAGCACCUUGGAAUCAACGUCAUGGUCACCACUGGUGGCACUGGCCUCCGAGAUGACAUUAUCCGUCUGCAGGAUCCCGUCCAUAUCGUGGUGGGUACCCCGGGUAGAAUUCUCGAUUUGGCCGGAAAGAACGUUGCGGACCUCAGCGAGUGCCCAAUGUUCAUCAUGGACGAGGCCGACAAGCUCCUCUCCAUCGAGUUCACCCCCGUCAUUGAGCAGCUUCUCCAGUUCCACCCCAAGGACCGCCAGGUCAUGCUCUUCUCCGCCACCUUCCCUCUGUCCGUCAAGGACUUUUCCGACAAAAACAUGGUCAGCCCCUACGAGAUCAACCUGAUGGAUGAGCUCACCCUCCGGGGAAUCACCCAAUACUACGCCUUUGUUGAAGAAAAGCAAAAGGUCCACUGCUUAAACACUCUCUUUUCCAAGCUCCAAAUCAACCAGUCCAUCAUUUUCUGCAACUCGACCAACCGAGUCGAGCUGCUCGCCAAAAAGAUUACCGAACUCGGCUACUCUUGCUUCUACAGUCACGCCAAGAUGCAGCAGCAGGCUCGUAACCGCGUCUUCCACGAUUUCCGCAACGGCGUUUGCCGUAACCUUGUCUGCUCUGAUCUCCUCACCCGUGGUAUUGAUAUCCAGGCGGUGAACGUUGUCAUCAACUUUGAUUUCCCCAAAAAUGCCGAGACCUACCUGCAUCGUAUUGGUCGAUCUGGUCGUUAUGGCCAUCUUGGUCUGGCCAUCAACCUGAUCAACUGGGAGGAUCGCUUCAACCUCUACAACAUCGAGCGGGACCUGGGCACCGAGAUCCAACCAAUCCCCGCCAGCAUCGACAAGAGCCUCUACGUUUACGAUAACCCCGAGUCUAUUCCCCGACCCAUCUCAAACCUUCAAAGAAACAACCUGCCUGCCGGGCAGGCCCCGCAGCAGCCCCAGAUGUACCUCCAGCAGGGCUCUCAACCCCAAAUGCCUCAGGGCAACUGGCAGAGCCAGAAUGGCCAGCACAACGGCAACCCGCACUUCUCAGGCGGACGAGGACGUGGCCGAGGACGUGGAUACCGCGGCCGUGGUCAGGGUACCAGCGGGCGAGGUCGUGGCCCGCCUCGCGAUCCUCAAACCUAA